AUGGAUCCCAGCAGUGAUUACCAUUUCUUAAACCAGAUUUUGGGGAGAAGGGUGAAAAUCACUUUAGUCUGUGGCAUCUUCCAGGGAGUGCUUCAACAUGUGGACCCUACCAAGAUUAUUGUUCUGAAAAAAGUCAAGAAUUUGGAGACUGGCCGAAGUGUCCCAGGAGUGAAGAUGUUUUUUGGCCAUGAGAUUGUGAAUGUGGAACUCCUGGAUGAUGUGGAACAAGGAGUAGGAGAAAAGACAGCUUCUGUCAGGGAUAGCCUAAAUACAGAAGGAACAAGGAUGGACAAAGUGAAAGAAGCAGACCAGAGUAUGAAUGAUUCAGCUUCUUCUUCCAUUGAGUCGCAUACUGUCACCUGGCUGAAUGACCUAAAAUACAGUCCAUCAGAGGAAGAAGAUGUGACAUACACAGUAGUUAAUCAGUUCCAACAAAAGUUUGGUUCUGCUAUGCUGCACAUCAAGAAACAGAGUGUCUUGAGUGUGGCAGCUGAAGGAGUUAAUUUAUGUCGUCAUGGGAAACUCUGUUGGCUUCAGGUAGCAACAAGUAGUCGGGUUUACUUAUUUGACAUUUUCCUUCUGGGAAAUCGAGCUUUCAACAAUGGACUUCAGAUGGUGUUAGAAGACAGGAAGAUUUUGAAGGUUAUUCAUGAUUGUCGUUGGCUUUCUGACUGCCUUUCUCAUCAGUAUGGAAUUGUUCUUUCUAACGUAUUUGACACACAGGUGGCUGAUGUCCUUCAGUUUUCCAUGGAAACAGGUGGCUUUCUUCCACAUUGCAUCAGCACCUUGCAGGAGAGCUUAAUUCGACACCUUAAAAUGUCUCCCAAAUGUGUCUCCUUCCUGGAUGACAAGCAAAAGAUGGUUCAGGAGAAUCCUGAAAUAUGGUUUAUGCGACCUCUUCCACCUUCGUUGCUGAAAGUGCUAGCCCUGGAGACAACAUAUUUGCUGCCCCUUCGCUUGUUGCUUCUAGAUGAGAUGAUGUCUGACCUGACUACACUGGUGGAUGCGUACUUAAAUACCUAUCGGGAAGGGUCUGGAGAUCUCUUAGGAGGCACAGAGCCAUCAUGUAUGGAGCUGCCAGAGGAGUUGCGUCAGCUGAUGGAUUUCCAGAGACUUCGAAGAGAACGAGCCAUGAAAGAUUUUGAGACAAAUGCAGAGGGGCUCCUAGUUAGACCACAGCUAAUAUAUCCCAAAGAAAAGCCAGUGGAAGAAGAAGGGAAACAGAAAAGCACCAGAGGUUCUUUGCCUUUUGAAGGAGCCAUGCUUCCUAAAGCUUUGGAUUUAGGAUAUCUCAAACCUCAGCAGGUUCAGGAAGAUACGUGUUUGCAGAAACAAGAAACAAAAUAUGAUGGUAAACAAGUGAGAACAAAAUAUCAAAAUUCAUCUCCCACAGAGGAGGCAGAAACCGAUGACUCCACCACAAAGGCACCUAGUUGCUUUGGCAGACAGGGGUCAAAGGAUGUCAAAGUAACUCGGAAGGAACAAAUGGACAUACCAAAACAGACACAAUCCAGCAUGUCCUUGCAAGAGAAAAUAGAGCUGCUGCUAAUGGGGGGAAAGGAAGAGGAAAAUGUAGAAAACAAAAUGUCUGUCUCUCUCACUUCUGCAGGAAACUAACACUUCUAAGAGAUUACUUUUAACCUUUAAAGAGAUCUAUAGUUCCCUGAUCUUAUUCUUGCUCAGCCUUAAACCUGACUCCUAGCUAAAUUCAUACAUAAAAACCUUGUAGUAACUAGCUGCCCUGCAAACUUGGAAGCUGGCACAGCCCCAGUAAUGGAGCAUGUGUGUAGUCAUUAUGUUCCUUCAAAGGGAAAGUUACCAUCUUCCUACUUUUGUAAGUGUGAGAAGACUUAGUUUUCCUCAGUGUGUGUAAUUUCCAUUUCUUACAUGUGAUUUUUUUUUUACUCUUCCUUCCCUCCUACUUCUUAGUUGUUUUAUUUUUUUGUUUAUUUGUUUUGUGAGGGUGGGAAAUAGGCAUGUUAAAUAAUGGAGAAAAGUCAAAUUCAGACUCAUAUAUGUCAUUGUAUGGCAAGGUUACCAG